AUGGCGGGCAUUCCAAGGGUUUGGCGAUCUUCAGUGGCUGUUUUUGGCCAUAAGGUAAGAUCUAUAAUCUUAAACAUUCUCAUGUUUGUGACGUUUCGAAUUACUGUGUGGCUGACAUAUUUAAACAUCCAUCUUCAUGAAAGCCAUUACUAUUUACUAACGAAACUGUCAAUUUCAGCUGUGUAUGGAAAUAAAGGUGUAUAAGCUUUUGAGAGGAAGCUAAGAGUUAAAUAUUUUUUAUGCUAUUUUAAAGAGUUUAUUCUCCUGUUUUUUAGAGUGUCCGCCGAGAUCAUAGAAUUUUCCAUAAGAUAUCCCAAAACUGGAUUUGUCUUUCGUCAAGACACAGAAACGGUAAGGAGGAGUGAUUGUUAUUUUUACCGGUAUACAGCACCAGCGGUCAGACUUUAAACAUUCUGAAAGUUAUUUAGGAUUGAAAAUGGAGGAUAUUGAGUCACCGGUAGAACCUCCUUCAAAUCGUAAAAAAUGUCAUGACUAUUAGCUCCACCACAGCUGUUUAACGGCUGAUACGUUUCUCGAAACCAACUGAAUAAAUAUGCGUUUUAGUAUCCGCGAUAUUGUUUUCUUGGUAUUGGUAAUCACCGGAAUCAAUUUUACAAUCCUCCGUUUUAGCUUUCCGUUAUUAAGUACUAUUGUAAGAUUUCUAUGAAAAAAGAAAAAUUCCGUUCAAGGAGAUAACGGCCUUGUACCUGGCUGACAAAGCAAGGGUCGAUCAGUUAGGUACAGUGUAAUAGCACGAUGCAAGUCCAAGUUAUUAUUAUGUUAGCUAAAAAAAGUUACAUCUAUUGGGACACAUCUGUAGCUAUUAAACGCUCUAAGAGAUUGAGCCACCGCUCUUACGUUUCCCUUCUGGAUCACUUCAUCAUAAUCUCUCUUCAGCUUUUCCACCCCGUAAAAGAAAGCUUUGUGCAGAAAUACCUAAGCUCUCUAAAUUCUAGAAAGGCAAACUGGGCUUGAUUAACCUUAUCACUUGCUCUCUUAGCUUUGGGAUUCUUAGCCUCCUUAGACUAUAGAAUUCCGCUGAUGCCAUCACACCCUGUCUUACCUUUUUAAUAAAUCUUUAAUCUUUAAUCUUUAAUCAUUAUUUAUAAACGGUAAAAAAUUCAUCAGGUACAAUAAAUUCCAAUACAAUGACUAACAUCCUAAAUCCUAAAAAUCCUAAUCCUAACAUUAUAUCAACUUACAACAACUUCUGCUGUUUUUUUGAGUAUAUGGAAAAAGGGAAAGGUGGUUCCAUUUUUAGACCUGGUGCCCAAACCAGUGUUCAUAAUUAAAGACCAAUUACCAUCUUACUAGUUCUAAGCAAGAUCAUCAAGAAAGCUGUUCACCAUCAGCUGUAUACCUACCUCAAGGAGAAAAGCUUCUUAGCCAGUGAAAAGUUUGGUUUUUGCCCAAACCUCUCAACUGAAGUGGCCCUUGCUCAUCUGACUGAGAACAUCCUGGAUAUAAAAUAGGGGACAGUGGCUUCAAUAAUUAUAUACUGGUACAUGUACAGGAACUGUGUGCCUUGAGUUUGGCAUCAGACAUUUAGUAUGGUUAACCAUCGAUGUUACCGAGGAAACUGCAUUUUUUAGGCCUAAAUAAUAAUACUGUGGAUUGGUUUAAGUCCUCUCUCUGAUCUGAUUGUGGACAGGUCUUAAUUGGAAUCUGUCUCUCUCUCAGAGGCCAGUCACAGUCGGGGUUCCCCAUGGAAAUAUACUUAGACCACUUCUGCUGGGCAUUAUAAAAUGUUCAUGAUCUAGCUGAGUUUCUCAAGUGUUACAAGAUCAUUUUGUAUGCAUUAAUUUAUGAUUUUAUGAUUCUGCCAAAUCAGUCUAAGAAGGCUUGAAUCUGCUUCACUUUGGCUACAAUCAAAUCUCCUUACCCUUAACUGUUUUGAAUCAAAAAAUUUUCUAUUUGGGAGUAAACGCUGCGUAAAGUCGUUAGGCACUGGCUCUGUGAUCUGUAUAAACCCUAGUCCACUUGAAGAAGUAAGUUCUUUUAAGUAUUUUGGUGUAACACUGACUGAAGAUCUGUUCUGGGGUGAGCAUGUUAAAAAUAUCAUGAGCAAGAAAAAUCAGCAACUUGGACUUGUCAGAAGGAUCAAGCAUCUUUUACCAUAAUUAGAAGAGCUUUUGAGGUAGAAGCACCCAUGCUCUGCAACUCUCUUUCCCAAAGAGCUUUGUGCAGUUACAAAUCUCAAUAAUUUUAUGUUGCAUCUAAAGGCUUAUCCUUUUAGAUCUGUGUAUUAGUGAUGGAUUUUAUUAUUUUUAUUUACUUCUCGUGCAUAUGUAUUUUUUAUAUUAAUAUUAUUUUUUUAUUUUCUCUUAUUUGUCUCUUGAAAUGUAAUGCAGUUGUAAUGUGCAGCUGAUCAUUCUCAUGUUAAGUUGCAAACAAUAAGUUCAUAAAAUUAUUUUACUACAAGUGUAUUUAUUAUUAUUUUAUUAUUAUUAUUAUUAUUGUUAUUAUUAUUGCUGGCGAGCCUUAUGUGAGUCAGUUCACUAUUCUCUACAAUAGCGGAAAAUAGCCAAAAUUUGUCUGAUGUAAGAUCAGAAGCAUGCGCAGGCAAUUUGUUUUGUUCUUAUUUGUGGUAUUCACUCCUGUGCGAUGACAUCACGGUAAACACACGUGGAUGGGAUUGAGAGAUUUCAAGUAAAUUUCCAGAGUAUAAGCAGAUUAUAAACAAGGUGACCGUUAGUAAUCCCUUUUUUAUUUGCUAGAUGUCUUUAUUUUCUUGUGGAAAUAUUAACCAUGCAAGGUCUCCAUCCAGAACAUUUUAGUGGUGAAUCUCAAGGAAGACGAGAGAUUUACAUAUGUUUGGCUGCUCUAUUUGCUGAUUUGUGAAUAAGUGGAGGUGCAAAGGUAUUGAUCAUAUGCUCCUUCAUGGAAGUAGUUUUUUCUUCGUGCAUUCAGCAGAAGUGAUGUGCCAGGCAAAAAUUCUUCUGUUAAAAGUAAACUGCCGACUCUAGCCCUCUAGUCUCAGGUGAAAAGAGAGGAAAGUUGCGAAGCAAACCAGCUUUGCAUCUAAAGCGACUUCAGUACCACAUGCAGUUAAUCAAAGUAUUCUUUGCCUGUUGAGUUGUUGAAUUUGAUCGUUGUGUCAAAAUCUGUGCUGGUUGAAAAUAAUUCAGCUGAUAAAAAUUAUUUGACUUUAAGGCACAUUUGUAUGUUGAGACAAAAGAAGAGCUUGGAGCCAUAUGGAUUCAAAAUGAGUAUCAAUCUUCGUGAAGCUGAAACCCCUAGCUAACCAUUCAACUGUUGAGUUGAAUGUCGUGUUGGCAAGCGCCUGCUAUAUGCAGGCUACCAUCGGGUCCAUUGUUUUUAAACCUUUGAGUCAAACGAUUUCUUCUCAAGCAUCACAUUAAACUUGUUAAUACCCUUGCAUUGAUUUCUUUGUACCUCCUCUCUCUUCUUCCUCAAGAUUCAUCAAUUAAUCAUUCGUGACCUCGAUUAAACUAUUUCCAUGGGCAAAUGAAGAAAUCUAAAAAAUACAAACAAGCAAUCACUAGAAACUCAGGCCUCGUUUAUCAUCUGCUUGCACUCGGAAAAUUUACUCAAAGUGCUUUCCCCUUUUAUACAUCACAAAUACACAGAAAUAACAUAUUUUUCUUUUAAAAAGGCUUACCCACCCUAAUUCCCAGGAGUCAUUUUCAGUUUCUUCACUUCAUUUAUUUUCAAGCUGAAUUCUCUGUCUUGUCCUCCAGCUCUGACGACAGCACUUACUUUCAAAUUGAAACUCCUAGUUAUUAUAAUAUUACCAUUACACAGUUCUCAGUUGACACUAUGAUGUUACAUUAAAAACAGAGAAUUUUUAAAUUUUUUCACACCUCUUUAUCCAGAAUAGAGCGUGUUUUCCCUUUUACUAAUACCAAGUCAUACUGAAAAGUAGGUCAAUGCAUUCAUUUUAUUUCUUGUGAAUCCUAGAUAAAGUUGGUGUUACCUUCAAGUGUGGUUUCCCUGUCAUUUCUGUCCCGUUACCAUCUCGAAAGGAAAUAUGUGAAUUUACUCUCCGUCCACUGAGUCACUCAGUAAAAGAUUUCCUUCAAGACUUACAAGCAGAAGAUAAGGGAAUAGAAAGAGCAGCUGCAUACAAUUUAGAUGGCUCUAGAAUUUCUGGAAGCACGGGUGUUGAUGUUUUACUGCAGGCAAAUUUUAAGUUGGUACUGAAUGACGAGUCUUACUAUGUAUCUGUCCCAGAUGAAAGUAAGUAGUCAUAAAAUAAUCUUUUUUGUUUUUAUUUCUUUUUAAUGGGCAUUAUGAAAUUUUUGUGGAAGCAGUGCUUGAAGUAAUUUAAUGGCUUGCCCCAAUCAAGUCGUUCGAUCAAACCUAUUUCUGACCUUCCCCAGCCAUGUGAAGUUUAAUAUCAAACAAGUAAAUUUGUCAACUGCCAGAAAUUGAUAAACCACCAUGAUUAUGAAUCAUUUAUCCUAUAAAAGUUCUUGAUUUGAGAACCUGAGAAUCUCUCCAGUCAUCCACAAGUAUUUGACCAGACAUUGUGCAUUGAUUGACCAUUCUUUCAAGCCCUGGGAAAUGUAGCAGAUCACUGACAUGUGUCAUUUUUGUGAAUUUGGAUUUCAGAAUUAAGUGCUGGAAACAAAAUGAUAUUUGCAGUAAUAGUUGUGUUUUCACUAACAGGAAAAGCCAGAGUCUCUUUUUUCACCUUAAAAAUAAGGCCAAGUUUGUUAUUUUUCAUGUGGAAAUCUUUUGAUUUGCAUGGGAAUAAAAAAAAUUAUUUUUUUCGCCUAGGUGUGGACCCCACACUACUUUCUCACUUUGAAAAUAGCCCUAGGGUAACUUGGAAAUGGAAUUUUUUAAUAAAUCAUUUUAAUCGAGCUUCUUUCUUUACUAAAACAACUACUUUGUUUUUUAGGCAAGCCUCCUAUUGAUGACUUUAGGACAGUUGCACAUGUCAAAACCUUGGUGCAUCAGUUAUACAGUGCCAUGAAUAUAGAAGAACACCAGGUAUAUAUAUCAGUUACUGUUUAUAAGUAAUCUGGGCUAGUCUGAUGCAACUUGGGCUGAAAAGCUACCUUUUUUCUAAAAACAAGGUAGUUUUCUUAUUCAUUUAAUCUUUAAGAAUGUGAACGCAAGCUGACAACCUUUCCCACCAUGUUAGUAAAUUGAAAAUAUGCCCCUGUAGCAUUAUUUUAGGGUAAUUACGACUUCACUGAACAAUGUCUUGUUACAACUUGAUCUCUUUAUACAACUCAAGUGUUACAUAUAUAACAUUUAUAUCAAUCAGGUUUGCCCAGAAAGAUCUUGUACUUUUUUAUUGCUGAAAUCUUAUUUAAUAAUUGAAGACAAUGGCAGGACACCUGCUGUGAAUUAAAACAGACUGUGCUCAUUGUCGUGGUCAUGUGUGUGAGCUGUACCAGUAUGUCGCCAUUGAGUUGUGGAUACAAAUGAAAUGUUGCUAGAAAUGAAAGUCAAAUCAUAAGAGUUUGCAUGUACUCCUCAAGGCAUAGCCAAGUUCUACCAAGUGCAUCUGUUGUGGUUCAAUUUUAUCCUUCAGUUGGUUUAAAUUUUAUUUCCCUUUGUUUUUUGGUGUGGUAAUGUAUCAGAAUGAGUUUAAAAGAAAGGGAAAUGAAAUUUAAACCAAGGAUAGGAUUGAACCUUAAAACAUCCAUUACUAGAUGGUUGGUUGCACAGCUACAACAUUUACUAUUUCUUUUAUAAUAAUCAAAAGAGAACAAAUUAAAGUUUUUGCUCACAGAUAGCAGGCGAAUGACUUGAGUGUUGUCGUUUGUGCGAGCUACAAUGUGUGCAAAUCAUUGUUUGCAAAGGUUUUUUUUUUUCAAAAGAAAUGUUCUCUGUUUAUAACAUUUUAAUGUUUUUAAAAUGUUUUCAACUUCCUCUUGGUAUUAAGACAAAACCUCUGCAAACUACAUGUACAAAGUAGAAACAAAAUAUAGUCGCAAAGAAAGUGAUGCGCACAGCUUUGAACACGCAUUCACUUAUGGAUAAAUAGUAAAUGAGUAGUCAAUUAGCCAAUCAGAGAGCAUACUUUACUUGUUGUAAGUGAUAAAUUCUUAUAAAUUAAUAUUGAUCUAUUGUAGCACUUCAAAUUGUAAUAUGCAGCAUAAGGUUGACCUUUAACUUGAGUAAAUGUGCAUUAGUCAAGAACCAUCAUGUUUUUUCUUGUUGCAGUUGGAAAAAGAGCGUUACCUUGUGCAAGAGCUAGAAAAACUACAGCUGGAGCUCAAACCAUUAGAAGACCUCAAAACAGAAAUUGAUCACAGAUCUGCACAGCGGACCACUGCUGUGGUGUGGGGAGGUCUGGGAUUUAUGGCAUUUCAGUUUGGUCUACUCGCUCGUUUGACCUGGUGGGAGUAUUCAUGGGAUAUCAUGGAACCUGUGACAUAUUUUGUAGGAUAUGGGACAGCGAUGGCAGCUUAUGCUUACUUCGUAUUGACAAGACAGGUAUUAAAGAGGUUAUUAAAUCCCAUAAUAUACCUGAGACGAACAUUCCACACUGAAAAUCAAAUUUAUGUUUGGUAGUUUAGUUACCGCAGAUGUCAAAGCAAGGACAAUAGUAAUAAAAAAAAAAAGAUAGGCGCGAGAAAACACUAAAAAUAAACAGCGUGAACGGCAUGAAUUUUGCAUUUUGUUGAUGAACACCAAAGUUUGUGUCUGUUGAACUGAGUUACGUAGGUCAAAAGUACCCUACAGUAAGGGAAACUUUCGAAAGUGUCAGUGUAACCGAAGGGUAUGGAAAAGUUUAAACGUUUAUGGAAGAAGGCAUGGAAAGUCAUGGAAUCAGUUCAAAAGCUCAAAAGAGCGCCAACCCUGAAUGAAGCUAUAAUGCUAUAAUAGUCUGCUAGCAAGCUCUCGUCGCUAUCCUUGCUGAGGUUAUUUUCUCAGGGUUUCAAUUUGACAGUUUGAAGAGUUUAUUUGUUUUUGUAAUAAUAAUGAUGAUAUGAUGAUGAUAAUAAUUAUAAUAAUAAUUGCCCCCGCAGGGAUUUUGCCCAGCGGGCGAAAUCCCGAGGAGGCAUCGUAGCAACUUGCUCUUAUAUAUAGAAAAGUACUUACAGUUUGCUUGAUCGGGGGCCCUCAAGGAAUCUUUUGGUAAUGAUGACGUUUCAAAUGUUCGCGCCCGCAAGUAUGAAAUGGUUAGGAUGACAUGAAACAGAAAAUGCCCGAAGGGUCCGCUUAGAUUGAUUUUGUGACACUUAUUGUACAGUCAUACUUCGAUACUCUUUUGCGUUACGUGUGUUCAGUGACAUUCUGUGGAGCAGUUGUUUUGAAAGCUAUGGACCAUAAAAAGACACUCAUUAAGCGCGGAUGAAGUUAUAAGGGGGCGUAUAACUGUAUAAUUAUAUACAUACAAACACUUGGAGAGUUUGCCAGACACGAAUUAAUCAUUCACAAUUCUUUGAUUGGAAACGAUUUGUAAGACACAAAUCACUUUCGGGGAAUAAGACUUACCCCACAAGCAAGCAAGUUUCCCUAUGCAAACAAGUGAAUCAAUACAGAAGUUCACCGGCAAAUAAAUUCUGUGCUAACUUAUUCCCUGCUCACAGAUGUCCUUCUAUAACGUUUUUUUUUCUGAACUAUUGUCUUUAAAUAGUUAAAAAGAAUGACUACAUUUAAAACGCGCGGGCAUACCUUGCGAGUGGAAGUUUCUCUCUUUCAUUGCAUUCAGCGUGUACGAAGUAGUUCACGUGGCUUGUCUGUUGCCCAGUUGGUUUAUGCAUGGAUAAUUGAAAGACCAACUACGUGAAUGACAACCGACGCAAACGACUUCGUUAACGCUAAUAGAGAAACCUCUAGUGUUCGCAGGGUAGCGCGAGCGUGAAUUGAUGAAACCUUUUAUUUUCUAAGGCUUUCUUUCCGGCUAAUAAAAUGAACUGUAUGUAAAAAGUGAAAGAGAAAUAGCGAAAAAUUAACACUUCUAAUCAAAUCUUUUCUUAUAGUUUAGAAUGUUUUGAUCAAAGCUGUGUAAAUCGACUUGAAUCAGGGUAUGGAACCUCGCGUUUCCUGUUUUUUGUCUCACCUUUUGUAUGGAAUAUGUGUGUUAAUCUUCAUUAUGAAUCGGUAUAUUUCAAAGAGUUACACAACGAGCAAGAAUACUAUUGACCAACAGCAUACAGAGCGGGGGCAGGUGUACAGUAGUGUCAACUAUUACUGGUAUUAAUAAUAAUGGUUUAUUAGAAGUGCUUUCACCUGAUGGAUCUUUGCCUUUCAAACAACUAACGCCGUAUAAUAGGAAAAAACAACAUUAUUGUUACUGAAAUAAUGCAGUACUCGUAUUAAUAUUAAAACAGAAUAUACUGGAAAUACAGUCAACUCUCUCUAAGACGGACACCUUUGGGACCGGCAAUAAGUGUCCGUCUUAGAGAGGUGUCCGUCUUAUAGAGAGUCAAAUAAAGGGAGUAAAGAAAGGCAGGGACCAACUCUACGUGUCCGUUUUAAAGAGGUGUCCGUCUUAUAGAGGUGUCCGUUAAGACAGAGUCGACUGUAUACUUAAAAUAUAUAUGUAUCAGCCAAGGUAAAAGAGCCGUUGGGUUGGCAAGCUACUGAAACUAUUUGCAUCCAUGUGCGAAAAAGUAUCCACUUCCAUGGGAAGUGAUAGUUAAGGGACCGAGGAUGAUCGUACGUGACAGGUUAGCACUGCACUAGAAUUAGGGGUUUGAUAUUGAAAUAUAAUUCGAUUUUCGAAUACUAAGUUAAGAUUUCAAAACCACUACCAAGUUAGCUGAGGACCCCGCGCAAACGUAAUUUCUUUCGUCCCUCGCAUCCCUUGCAUCACCGCUCUAAACGUGCCACUUUCCAUGUGUUUUAUUGAAAAUGGCGUUUGUUUGUUAUUUGGGGGAUAUCCAAAAACAAAAGAAAUAUUUACUGAUGACAGCUGAAAGUAACAUUUGUCGUAUAUCUGCUACACUGAUUGUUUACAACCGUUCUGUGUUAUGAUCUGCACUAAAAGAUUAUGCUUAAUUUAUUCUACUUUUUCUGCAGGAAUUUCUUUAUCCUGAUGCGCGUGAUAGGCAGUUUCUACUGUUUUUCCACAAAUUUUCCAAAAGGAAAUCUUUGGAUGUGAGAAGAUACAACGAUAUCAAGAAUUCCAUCGCUAAAAUUGAGGAAGAUUUGAAAGUUCUUCGAAGUCCAUUGUUUCUGCACCUUCCAGAAGCGGCAAGAAUGGAAUUACUAGGAGAUAGUGAAAGCCAAGAAGACAAGAAAUGACUGAAUCACGAGAACCCGUUGUUGAAGAAGUACGGUGCCAGUGUGACUAUAAUUUCUUUUCUUUGCCGUCACUCGCCGUGCUGAAAUAAUUUAUUGAGAGCAUGAAGAGACAAUAAUAAUGAUUGACUUUUGAAUAUAUUUAUCACUCUGUCGUGGAAUUUUCCUGAGGGUGUUGUCAGGGAAGAUUCCAAACAACUCUUGUUACAACGGGUUUAGUAUCUUGCGUGGCAGGCGUUCGAUAGGGAAGGGAAAGGGGAUUUUUGGCGCGAGGGACGCGCGAGGAAGGAGGGAGAGGCGGUCCCCUCCUCCCUUCUCCCUGGAGCGCGGUCUCGCGCCCAAAUUCCCUUCCACAUCCCAUUCGAACGCCUGCCACGCACACGCAGGCUACAGGUUUAGCAUUGCUUGUUCUUUUAGCCGUCGAUCAGAGUCCUAAUUACUUACUUUGCGAUAUGAUCAUUGUCAAACAGUUUCGUUAGUUUGUUCAAUAUAAAUCAUGAAGCGUUUCCAUUCAAGUGAAAGCUUUUAAGCAGUACUUUCCCGUGGUGCUGUUUAUUAUACUUUACUUCGACGUGAUCUAAGGCCCUGUUCGCUCUAAGGAAAAUUUGUUUGUUAUGCAAAAAAAUCUGUCAACAGCAAGCCAUUUCUAGUGCGAACGAUUUUUCCACCUACCAAAAUUUUCUCAGCUGUCACCAAACUUCAAAGCUGUCGUCGAGAAGAUUUGGAGGCGUACAAUUUUUUGUCAGGCGACAAAAUCCUUUUUUCCGUUAAAGCUAUCCUUAGCCUGCAUAACUGGCGGCAUUGUGUAGUAGUCGAGUGAGAUUUGACGGCGGAGCCGUCACGAGCGGCGAAGCCGCGAGAAAUUUCAACUGCCUCGUCCCUACUGCCUUUUAUGGAACACGGCUCCGCCGCCAAAACUUUAAUCUCGCACCCACACAAUACCGCCAGCUACGCAGGCUAAGCUAUCCUUCGUCCCUUUCGCGUGUCUCAGAUGAGAACAAGGUUGCAAAAACAGAAAAUUGGUGAUUACAAAAUUUUCACAUUUCUUGCAAACGUUUGUCGUAGUGCGAACAUGGCCUUCUUGAGUCUUUUAAUGAAAUUCCUGCGGGGUGGCCAUCCGGAUAUAAUCUCUCCUGCAAGAGUUCUA